CAGGGUGCUGUCACGCCAUUCUCAUCUCACGACGGACCAUGUGCGCUGAGGCGUGGACGCCUUGAUGGAGGAUGGCGGACGGCGAGGGGAUAUAAGCAUGUGGAGGCGCGAUACUGCUUUUGCUAUCAACACUGUGUUCGAGUAUUCAGGAAGAGAGAGCUUGUUGGGAACUUGGUGUUGACGACGAAACGCGAAAAUUGAGACAUACAUCGCAUUCGAAUAUCCAAAACUCUUGGAAGAAGCACAGCAUGGCUCAAUUCUACCGCCGUCCGAUGAUGCACUUUGACAGGAGGGAGCUGUAUACCGACUUGGAGACGAGGGUACGGUAUCUGCACUCAUUUCUCGACUUCAGCAGCCGCGACAUCGAAGCGCUGAUAUCGGGAGCGAAGUACAUCAAAGCUCUAAUCCCCGCACUCGUCAACAUCGUGUACAAGAAACUGCUGCAAUACGACAUCACAGCGCGUGCAUUCGAGACAAGGUCGACAUCGUACGAAGGCCCGGUGGAUAUGAACUUGAACGAGACCUCGCCCCAGAUUCUGCAUCGGAAGAUGUUUCUAAGGGCGUAUCUGACGAAACUGUGUAGCGAUCCCAGCAAGAUGGAAUACUGGGAGUAUCUCGACAAGGUUGGCAUGAUGCACGUCGGACAAGGUCGUGCACACCCUCUGCACGUUGAAUAUGUGCACAUAGGCGUUACGCUCUCCUUCAUUCAAGACGUCCUCACCGAAGCCAUCCUCUCGCAUCCGCGGCUGAAAAUGGACCGCAAGAUCGGCCUCGUCAAGGCGCUCUCCAAAGUCAUCUGGAUCCAGAACGACCUCUUCGCGAAGUGGUAUGUGCGCGACGGAGAUGAAUUUUCCGAGGAGCGACUGGUGCCCGAGAUCGAGCCUGAGGGCUAUCUCCACGGCAAGAAGAUACUGCGGAGCGGCAGUGACAGCGAGAGCGAGAUCGAAGACGCGGACAUGGCGACGGGCAGUUGUCCGUUCAAGAACUUGGCUACGCCUGUGGCGAGUGGGCCGAGGGUCACGCCGAAGAGCCCGCUGAGUCCGCACUUCAAGCACAUGAGCUUGAACGAGGAGAUGGCGAGCGCACCGAAGACCGAGCCUGCGGACAGUCGUCUUUCGCCGAGCCCUGUUCCACCAGCAUCGCCGUCGAUAUCGCUGAGUGCGAUUCCGCGGCCAGUCGCAGGCAGUGCGUAGGCCCCGUACACAGUAGCGCAGGGGUAGAUCUGCAACCGAGUGCGUAUAAUCUGGAGUGCAUACACUAUACGAUGAUACUAGGGAGUAAGCACGAACUUUAGCUUUCUAAUAGUGACCUGAAGGGAAAUUCUGGGUGUAGGACGCAUAUUGGCGGUGUUGGGGGUGUUGGUGGGGUCUUCGGAACUUUUCGGAGGGGCGGGCAUCGAUUUCCUCGGCUGCACCGGAGCACUCGAUCGAUCACAACUCACCUUGUUUCUGCACUCUUCUCACAAUAGAAUGUGAUUCCAAAUGCGAU